AACUAUCACACCAUCGGCAGAGUCUCAUGUGGAAAAUCCUCCCUCUGAAGAGGACCAUCGCCGUUUGACCUUCCACCACCUACAUUUAUUUCCACCUCUACAAACCACAAAUAUUGAGGAGAUGUCUGAUGCCCUGUGUAUCGUGGGUCCUCUAUUCGGUUCUGCAGAAGGACAGCAAGAAUGCGGCUCCUGUUACCAAAUAGGAAUGGGGUCCGUAGUGGCCAUUAUUGCCUGUGAUAUCAUCUUGACGGUCCUCAUCACCAUCUCAGUGCUCUGCUUUGCAACUUUCCAGAAGAGAAGGAGAGAAUGGGAUCCUCAUGAAGGGAGAGGAAAUGUACCAUCAACAAUGUCAAAGAAAAUGACAACAGAGAUCGCAGAAUCUCCUUAUCAGGAGUUACAUGGAGUCCAGUCAGAUGUGUACAGUGAUCUUCAGCACUUAAGGCAAUGAAACGAUGGAAUUAAAACAAUGCCAGUGUUUUUGCAAAGUCUUGGUACCAGACCAUCUUCGACACACAUCCUGCUUUACCAUCAGCUGGGCACGUGCACUGUAUUCUACAGAACUGUAGGUGAUAACAUAUGUGUGUUGUUCAUGUAAUGGAGUUGUAUUUCAUUUCAAGUCAAACUAUGAAUGUUACAGGUAUAGUUCUCUGCAUUAUAUUUCUCAAGUGUUGCCUUUUUUGUAAAUCUUUAUAUG